AUGCAACAAAAACUUGGUAAAGCAGUGAAAAGGUCAGCCAGUGCCCCUGGAAGCUCAAAUGUGGCUGCUGGCAGUAAUCGUCGUCUUCAGCAGACUCAACACCAAGUAGAUGAGGUUGUUGACAUCAUGAGAGUGAAUGUGGACAAGGUGUUGGAGCGAGAUCAGAAGCUGUCAGAGUUGGAUGACCGUGCUGAUGCGCUGCAAGCAGGAGCUUCCCAGUUUGAGACCAGUGCAGCCAAGCUGAAAAGGAAGUAUUGGUGGAAGAACUGUAAGAUGUGGGCAAUAUUGAUAGCUGUUGUUCUCAUCAUCAUCAUCAUCAUUAUUGGUAAGUUCUACCAAAAUGGGGAUUUCUUGUACAGUUGGAAUAGAUGGUGUUAA